GAGUGUCCCUCUGGAGACUGGAUCAGUGUUGGUAAGGAGGUCAGCUUCAUACCCGGAGCGUCUCGUCUCGCUCUAAUGGACAGACAGAAAUGAUGGAGAGAGAGAGAGAGAGCGAUAGGGUUCUCUGCAUCACAAACAGCCCUUCUUAAAGAAAUAGUUCCCCUAAAAUAAAACAUUGUGUGUCAAUGACCAAGAGCCGUAAAGCUGUCUAGAACGACACCAAAACACCAUAAAACUACUACAGGUGUGUGUGUGUGUAAGGUACAGAUGGAGCUACACAGAUGAGUUCUUUCACAUGUGUCUGAUGGAUGUGCAGAGGUUGUUAUUGAUCUUGUGAAAUUUGACGUAGUGAUUGUGCUUUAGACAGAUCUCAAUAUGAUGAUGAUCACUGUUAGAUUAUAGAAAGGGAAUCAAACACUCAUUUAUUUGACACUCUUGGCUGGAGGUGAUGUUUGUGUGUGUGAGACACUGCUGACAUCUGCUGGUCAGUGUGUGUGUGUGUGUGAUGUGUGUGCUGGAACACAAGGGGGCGAUAUUGACCACAGUUCUGUACAGCUUUUCUUCAAAGUGUGUUUAUGAUAUUCAGUUUAUCAGUGCGUGUGUGUGCGCGUGCAUGUUUGUGUGUGUGUCAGUGUCUGUGUGUGUGUGUCUGUGCAUGUGUCUGUGUGCGUGUGUGUGUUUCUGUGUCUGGGUUUAGGGUUUAUUUCCUGGGCAUCAAACCCAUAACCUUCACACAGAUAACACAAUGCUCAACCAAGUGUAUCUUUGUGUAUCUCAAGAGACAUUUAUUAAUAGAAAUCUUUGUUAAACACAUGAUGUUCUGUCAGAUGAGUGUUGCGUGUGAAACAUUAGUUUAACAUGUUUGUAAUGUGAUAAUGUACACCUCUGUGAAGUGGAUAUAAUCAUCUUUAGUGCUGAUGCUUUAGUAACUGAGAUGUUAGUUUGAGAGGAUCUCUUACAUCAUUGUUUUCUAAUCACAUGUCAGACGGGUCUUGAUUUGUUGAAAGUGAGUAAAUGUUGUCAGGAGUGAUGUAGUGUGUGUGUGCUCUCAUGAUCCUGCUUUGAGACAAUGUUGUUGUGUGUUUAUAUGUUGUUUAAAGAUCCUGCUAUCAUGAUCUGUGGUUGGGAGCGAGUGUGUGUGUAUAUGUGUUUGUAUGUACAUGCUUGGUAGUGAGUGUGUGUGCGUGCAUGUGUGCGCGCUUGGGAGCGAGUGUGUGUCUGUGCGUAUGUGUUUGUGCGCGCUUGGGAGCGAGUGUGUGUCUGUGCGUAUGUGUUUGUGCACACUUGGGAGCGAGUGUGUGUACGUAUUUCUGUAUGUGCACGCUUGGGAGCGAGUGUGUGUACGUAUUUCUGUAUGUGCACGCUUGGGAGCGAGUGUGUGUACGUAUUUCUGUAUGUGCACGCUUGGGAGCGAGUGUGUGUACGUAUUUCUGUGUGUGCGUAGUUGGGAGCGAGUGUGUGUCUGUGCGUAUGUUAUUGUGUAUGUGCACGCUUGGGAGCGAGUGUGUGUCUGUGCGUAUGUUAUUGUGUAUGUGCACGCUUGGGAGCGAGUGUGUGUCUGUGCGUAUGUUAUUGUGUAUGUGCACGCUUGGGAGCGAGUGUGUGUCUGUGCGUAUGUGUUUGUGUAUGUGCACGCUUGGGAGCGAGUGUGUGUAUGUAUUUCUGUGUGUGCGUAGUUGGGAGCGAGUGUGUGUCUGUGCGUAUGUUAUUGUGUAUGUGCACGCUUGGGAGCGAGUGUGUGUACGUAUUUCUGUGUGUGCGUACUUGGGAGCGAGUGUGUGUCUGUGUGUGUACGUGUUUCUUUGUGUGCACGCUUGGCAGCGAGUGUGUGUCUGUAUGUGUGUGUACGUGUUUCUUUGUGUGCACGCUUGGGAGCGAGUGUGUGUCUGUGUGUGUGUGUACGUGUUUCUUUGUGUGCACGCUUGGGAGCGAGUGUGUGUCUGUGUGUGGUUGUACGUGUUUCUUUGUGUGCACGCUUGGGAGCGAGUGUGUGUCUGUGUAUGUGUGUGUACGUGUUUCUUUGUGUGCACGCUUGGGAGCGAGUGUGUGUCUGUGUGUGUGUGUACGUGUUUCUUUGUGUGCACGCUUGGGAGCGAGUGUGUGUCUGUGUGUGUGUGUGUACGUGUUUCUUUGUGUGCAUGCUUGGGAGCGAGUGUGUGUCUGUGUGUGUGUGUACGUGUUAAGCGAAUGUGUGUGCGUGGAUGGGUGCACGUGUGUGCGCACUUGUGAGCAAAUGAGUGGUUGUGUGUGUGUGUUUGCUUCAGUGUAUGAUUGUGUACAUGUGUGUGUCUCAUCUGAACAGUCUCUCUGUUGAUUUAACUCACAGAUAAGAAAAACACAGUUCAGUAGAGAUAAGAAGAAUAAUUCAAUAAUUUUUUAAGGUUAAUAGCAGAAUUUGUACCAGUUGUAUUUUACAGCAUCUGAUAACAGUUUGUGUUCUAUGUUCAUGAAGAGGCCGUGUUGAGGGUGUGUUGUAUGAACCGAAGGCCUCUGUGCUGUAGAGACCAGUGGAGUUCAGAGAUAUAGACUCAUAGAUGACACGACCUGAACAGACUUCUGCUGUCCUCACACCAUAAACAAACAGUCCAGUGUGUGACCUUCACUCUCUCGAGAAGAAGAAACGUGUUUGAUGUGACGGAACAUGCAGGUCACCCAGUUAAUGUUUCCUCGUGAGUCUCUCGUCCGGCUCUCUGAACAUGUGUUUGUCUUUAGACUCUCAGCUUCAGACCUGCUGAUGGACGUGACAUGCACAACAGAAGAUGAGCGACACUAUCACAUGACCUGAGAUGUCAGAGCAGAAUUAUUCUGCCAUUGUCUGUGAAUGUAGAGAGAGUUUGAGGUUUAUUCUUCAGUAAUGACCUCAUGCUGUGUCCCGUGUGAGGGAAACUGACCCCUCAUGUCCGGUCCUGUUAACAUCAAGACUUUUAUAAAAGUGCCCUGGAAGAAAACCCAACACACACCUGCAGACUCCUCUGAAGACACCCUGCUCUUCACACAUCAUCAUGUUUGAGUUGAUAUUGAGAUCUUCAAUGAUAUUGACUGUUGAUUGACAGACAAGACGAAUCUGAGCUCAGUUUGACACAUUAAUGACAUCUCUUCUCAAACUCUCAUCACUCUUGUUCUCAAGAGAAAUAUCUGAGACACACAUGAGACGUACAUAAAGUUUGCAUUUGCUCUCCUUAUAAUCUCAUGGAUGUGAUGUUUAGGAGAAAUCAUUGAGAUAAUAAAGAGAUCUGAUGUGUGAUUUAUUGAACAUUGAUGUAUUUGUCAGUGGAUGGAUGUUGUGAGUUCACCGCUGCAGAAAUGUAAGCAUGUUGAUGUCUUUCAUUGCUGUGAUUAUAUUUCAUGUAUGUUUCUCUGUCGACAGCUGACUCAAAUCUAAAGUUCACGUGUUGAAAUAUUUGCAGAAUUACAUUGUAGCAGCGUGAAUGACUCUCACUUUCAGCUGCUUUUCAUUUGGAGGAUGGAUGUGCCACUUAUUUGUGUGAAAUAUAAGAUGGCAGUAGUUAAGGUUUGCUCCCAGAAACCCCUCCUGUGUUUAAGUGAUGUUCAGGGAUGAGCGUGACUCUUACAGGCGUGUGUGCGGUCAUGUGUGCGUCAUGACUCUGCUGUAGAGAAGAUACGUUUACACUUCUGUCGUCUUUGACAGUUUAGAUCUUUUGCAACUGCAUAGCAACAUGAUGAAGAGCACUCACAACACUUUAGCAACGGCAGUCUGGAUACCAACCACAAAACUCAUCAAACUUUUGUUAGAUUGUACUUGAUGUUAUCUCUCCUCAAAUCACAGACUGUCAGAGUGUACGCACAAUGUUUUAGUUGCAUUCCAUAUAUUGAGAAAACUGUCACAGCAUCAAUGUGGUUGCCGGGCAGGUUGCUAUGCAGUUGCUAAGAAGAUGUGCUUGCUCACUGGCGAAGAGACACACUCUCUCCAGUCUCUGUGAUGUUGUGAUUUCUAGAUACAGAACGCAUCUCUCCUCAACCAUCCUUACAAACACAACUUUAUUCAAGUGUUCUGUUAGCAUACUGCUCUUAAAGUGAAAUGAGAAAGUGUACACUCUGCUUUUUAUAUAGGCCCUACUUCUCAGAAAAUGUAACUGUAAAGUAAACUUAAAAUGGGGCAGUUUUCAUCAGCCUGAUGCUGCAGCAGAAAACAGGAGAAAGCAACAUGAAAACCUGAAGUCUCUUCUCAGUAAAGAGUCAUUCAUUCAUCUUUAAGCCUGACACUUGAAGCUCACUUAUUAGCAGAGUUCAGUGUGUUUUCAUGUGCUCACAGUCAUUUACAUGAAUGCUCAGAUUGUUUGUGUUAUAAAUCCAUAAGAGAGAGACGGUGGGGGGUUAAUGGUGUGUAGUUACAGUAAGAGGCCGGGGGGUCACGUACAGCCUGUAGAAAAUGUUUUCCAGCAGUGUUCGGUCAGAAAGCGCAGAUCUCCCCAGCGGUGUGCCCGCGGGCACGGUGUGUUUGAGCUGAUGAUGUAGCUCUCCGCUUCCCGUGAAGAGGGCAAACGUAACCCCGGGGGGCCGAGAUUCAUGCCAAACACGCCUGACGUCUCCAGCUCAGAUCUCCUCAUGUGUUCUUUAUUACGCAGUUUUAAACGUUUCAUCUGCAGGGGGUUGAGUUAUAUAACAAUACACAGAGAAUCUAUUCAUGGGAAACCUCUCUUUAAACGCUCCUGUUUCCAAUUUAACACAACACAAAUCCUCCUCUUACUGACCAACAUCUAUUGUUGCUUUUCUCUCAGCUCUCUUGCUGUGUCACAAAACCACUCGCUUACAGAUUUCUCUUUCAUGGCUCACGAGAUCUCAUGGAGUCUUCAUUUAGGUAGCAACUUGUUGGAGAAAUAAAAAGAGAAUCAAGUGAGAGGGUAAUUGUGUAAACACAUGAAGAGUCUCGAGACUCUGAGUUGAUAUUGAGAUCUUCAAUCAUAUUGAGUUUUGACUGCAGACGAGACGAAUCUGAGCUCAGUUUGACACAUUAAUGACAUCUCUUCUCAAACUCCGAAGGAGAGUGUCAUUAUUUGUGAGAUGUUGAAGAAAUGUUUCGUCGAUGUUGGAGAGAUGUUUCGUACAUGUUGGAGAGAUGUUUCGUUGAUGUUGGAGAGAUGUUUUGUAGAUGUUGGAGAGAUGUUUUGUAGAUGUUGGAGAAUGUUUUGUAGAUGUUGGAGAGAUGUUUCGUCGAUGUUGGAGAGAUGUUUUGUAGAUGUUGGAGAAUGUUUUGUAAAUGUUGGAGAAUGUUUUGUAGAUGUUGGAGAGAUGUUUCGUCAAUGUUGGAGAGAUGUUUCGUCGAUGUUGGAGAGAUGUUUCGUCGAUGUUGGAGAGAUGUUUCGUCGAUGUUGGAGAGAUGUUUCGUCGAUGUUGGAGAGAUGUUUCGUCGAUGUUGGAGAGAUGUUGGAGAGAUGUUUCGUCGAUGUUGGAGAGAUGUUUCGUCGAUGUUGGAGAGAUGUUGGAGAGAUGUUUCGUCGAUGUUGGAGAGAUGUUUCAUAGAUGUUGGAAAGAUGUUUCGUAGAUAUUUUGUGGAUGUUGGAGAGUAGAUGUUGGAGAGAUGUUUUGUGGAUGUUGGAGAGUAGAUGUUGGAGAGAUGUUUUGUGGAUGUUGGAGAGUAGAUGUUGGAGAGAUGUUUCAUAGAUGUUGGAAAGAUGUUUUCGUAGAUAUUUUGUGGAUGUUGGAGAGCAGAUGUUGGAGAGAUGAUUUGUAGAUGUUUUGUGGAUGUUGGAGAGUAGAUGUUGGAGAGAUGUUUUGUGGAUGUUGGAGAGAUGUUUUGUGGAUGUUGGAGAGUAGAUGUUGGAGAGAUGUUUCAUAGAUGUUGGAAAGAUGUUUUCGUAGAUAUUUUGUGGAUGUUGGAGAGCAGAUGUUGGAAAAAUGUUUUGUGGAUGUUGGAGAGAUGUUUUGUGGAUGUUGGAGAGUAGAUGUUGGAGAGAUGUUUUGUGGAUGUUGGAGAGUAGAUGUUGGAGAGAUGUUUCAUAGAUGUUGGAAAGAUGUUUUCGUAGAUAUUUUGUGGAUGUUGGAGAGCAGAUGUUGGAGAGAUGAUUUGUAGAUGUUUUGUGGAUGUUGGAGAGUAGAUGUUGGAGAGAUGUUUUGUGGAUGUUGGAGAGAUGUUUUGUGGAUGUUGGAGAGUAGAUGUUGGAGAGAUGUUUCGUCGAUGUUUCAUAGAUGUUGGAAAGAUGUUUCGUAGAUAUUUUGUGGAUGUUGGAGAGUAGAUGUUGGAGAGAUGAUUUGAAGAUGUUUUGUGGAUGUUGGAGAGUAGAUGUUGGAGAGAUGUUUCGUAGAUGUUGGAAAAAUGUUUUGUGGAUGUUGGAGAGAUGUUUUGUGGAUGUUGGAGAGAAGAUGUUGGAGAGAUGUUUCGGUAAAAUGAAUGACAGACUAUUGACAAAGAUUUAUGCAAAUGAGUGACAAUGCCAAGUUGUGUCGACCAAUAGAUUUGCUUACAUUAAAGGUGACUUGAUCUGCACAAUCAAGAAGUGUAGUGGUCUGCUGUAGCUUGUAUAGAUGGAGGGUUUCUGAAGCGUGUGCUACAGAGAACACACAUGCCAGUCAAUAUUUGACAUGAGCGUGUAAAGCGUGAGAUGUGUUGUGGCAGUCGAUGUGCAGAUAAAACAUUUGGCCUCAUUUAUUCCACUUGAGGAGAAUAUAAGGUUACCUCCUGUUAUGAGUUGAGCAGUCAGUCAAAUGGGCGGCAGGAAUAAUGAAUGCAGUCUUUCUCCUUCAUCUGAUCUGAGUGAGGACCUCCGCUGAGUCCAUGCGUGUAACAUUAGAAAACCCUGAGUAUAAUCGAAUAAUCAUUUGUCUUAAACUGACAUGCAUGAACUGCGCUUUCAAGCUUCUCUGAACUGUGUUUGUGAACCGUACAUUUAUUCAGCUCUCAUGAGCUUCAGACAGAAAUGUGUGAUUGUGACUUUUUGCAAUGAUUCAAAUGUUCAAGUUAUGUUUACUUAAUGUAGAAGGGCAAUUCUGUGAAAAUGUCGACCAUACAACGAAAAAUUUUAGGUUUACUCUGGUAACAGCACAGAUUUUAACAUUUGGUGGUUCAGAUACUCAUGUGAAAUCUCUCUUCAAAUGAAUAUAAAGUAACUAUUUGAUGUUCUAUGAAGAGGCAUCACUUCUCCAUUCAUUGGGUAAUAUUGCUUCAGGAUUGUGCAUUUUAUUUCACAGAAAUCCUACAAAGUUUAUUGUCUCCCAAAACCACAUCCAUUUUUUGUCACAUCCAUAACGCAUGUUUAUUUCCCUUUUUCUAAAUAUAACUUUUUUCAUAGACUGACAUUUUUUGAUGUUUAGACUCAAUCAACAAGGGUUCAGUAAAAUAUAAACAGAUUGUUCAAUAUAAUCGUAACAAAUUCAUUCUCUGAGCAUUUUAUGUCACGUCCAUAACGCUGUAAUUGCCCAGAACUGCUUUCAAGCAUACUUUAAUGGUAACAAUAAUAAACUUCAUGCACAGUAAUAUUCUUAAAAAAAAAACAGGAUUUAAGUUGUGUAUUUAAAGUAUACGUUCUUAUUUUCAGUUUAAAGAAGCAUUUUAUUAGAUAACUGCGUCUCCUAAACAUUAAUGUCAAAUAAACAUAUUGACUGAAAUUCUCAAGCUACAUUUAGUGCCCAGUUCAGUCCAGUUUUAGCAUUUUGCAAGAAUAAAACAUUACGUGUUGCUGUAUGUUUAAUGACUCAAAAAUGAACAAAUAAGAAGACUGCGUGACAUGUACGAACAUCUUGACAGACAAUAAUGUGUCUUGAAUUGUGUUCAUCACACUUAAUUAAAACUGUUCACCUUCUGCAAACCUGAAAGAUUAAAUUCAUAUUUUUUGCUACUGGUCAGGAAGUGAGAAUGAUUCCCUGCUGCUUUACAAGAGCCAGCGUUCUCUUUAAACGUGUUGUGACGUCUGUUGAACUUACGAGCGCUGUGAGGCCGUGCUGAUCUAUAGCUCUGAAGAGAAGGUCUUGUACCCCACAGAGUUCAUCUCCUCAGGACUUUCCUUCAAGACAUUUCACUGAAUUCAUAAAUGUUUAGUGCCUGUUAAAGGCUUUUCCUGCUCUGUGUGAGGACGACACCGGCGGCGCUUCACCUCCUUAAACAUGAAUCACAUACAACUCAACGAAAUAUUACUCAACAAAUGAAGAAAGACCAAAACACACAACAGCCCAACAUUAGCUGAAGGAUUUCCUAUGACAGAGGAUUGUGGGUGGAUGCUGAGGUGACCGAUCUGUGUCACAGUUCAAGGUUUUAUAUCUGUUAUUUUGCUAUUGCUGACAUUUCCUAAAUCUCACACUCCUUGUGUUUUGGUUUGUGUUUCUGACAGUGUGAGCAGAUUAUUAAAAGGAAUGAUGCUCGGAUUUUGUCUCAUUCAUAAACAAAUCAACAAAGUUUGAUUCUAAAACCUCAAAUGAACUUUAAAAUACAGAUCUAGAUCCUGAUGUUUACAUGUUUU